AUGGCCGCGCUGAUGUGGGGCAAGGAAUCAUCCCGAUGCCUACUCCUACUGGCCGCGGUGCUGAUGGUGGAGAGCUCCCAGCUUGGCAGCUCGCGGGCCAAACUCAACUCCAUCAAAUCCUCUCUGGGAGGGGAGACUCCUGCUCAGGCUGCCAAUCGAUCUGCGGGCAUGAACCAAGGACUGGCUUUCGGCGGCAGUAAGAAGGGCAAAAGCCUGGGGCAGGCCUACCCUUGCAGCAGUGAUAAGGAAUGUGAAGUUGGAAGAUACUGUCACAGUCCCCACCAAGGAUCGUCAGCCUGUAUGGUGUGUCGGAGGAAAAAGAAACGCUGCCAUCGAGACGGCAUGUGUUGCCCUGGUACCCGCUGCAAUAAUGGCAUUUGCAUCCCGGUCACUGAGAGCAUCCUGACCCCUCAUAUUCCAGCUCUGGAUGGCACUCGGCAUAGAGAGCGGAACCAUGGUCACUAUUCCAACCAUGACCUGGGAUGGCAGAAUCUAGGAAGGCCACACACCAAGAUGUCACAUAUAAAAGGACAUGAAGGUGACCCCUGUCUACGAUCAUCAGACUGCAUUGAUGGAUUUUGCUGUGCUCGCCACUUCUGGACCAAAAUCUGCAAACCAGUGCUCCAUCAGGGGGAAGUUUGUACCAAACAACGCAAGAAAGGUUCCCACGGGCUGGAGAUUUUCCAGAGGUGUGACUGUGCAAAGGGCCUGUCCUGCAAAGUUUGGAAAGAUGCUACCUACUCCUCCAAAGCCAGACUCCACGUGUGCCAGAAGAUCUGA